CUAAUGAGUUGCAGAUUCUCAAACAGAGAGGAGCGCGUGAAUGUACCGCAGCGGGAUUGACAUGAAACUGUGAAUUGUUUGCUGCUCAAAUAGAGUUGACCUGGAGCCAGCAGUCUGAGGGGUUGAGGAGCGACCAUCUCUGCCUCCUCCCCUCUACAUCAGCAUGACAAAGCACUGGGGGGGUCCGGGCUUGUUGGCACCACCCGUGAUCACUGUAGGAGCAGGAGCCCAAGACGACCAUCACCUUGACUGCAGCACCAGCUAUUCCUCUUCCAACACCAGCUGUCACUGCUCCACAAACCCUCUGUUUAAGUUCGGUGGCCGGCUGGAUAAGUCCACAGGGAUGGCGCAGGACUCCUGUUACAGAGCCAAACCGUCGGAUCAGAGCGCAUUGGAAAUGCAGGAUGGGACCUCAAGUGGAGGAAAGAAGAAGAACUAUCAGCGUUAUCCCAAACCACCUUACUCUUACCUAGCUAUGAUUGCAAUGGUCAUCCAGAACUCCCCGGAGAAGAAACUCACUUUGUCAGAGAUUCUGAAGGAGAUCAGCACUCUCUUUCCAUUCUUCAAGGGAAAUUACAAAGGCUGGAGGGACUCAGUCCGACACAACCUGUCAUCUUACGACUGCUUCGUGAAGGUGCUUAAGAAUCCUGGUAAACCCCAAGGUAAAGGUAACUUUUGGACCGUAGAAGUGAGCCGAAUUCCACUGGAGCUGCUGAAAAGACAGAAUACGGCAGUGUCCCGUCAGGAUGAAACUAUCUUUGCUCAGGACCUGGCCCCAUACAUCUUUCAAGGUUACGCUCAGUCGAACAAGUCCAAACCUUUGCCCGCUGACCUCUCCUUACCCCCUGUCCCCACCCGUCACAGCCCACCCCCAUCAGAGGACCCCUAUCGUCCCAAACUGGACUCCACGUUUGCUAUAGAUUCUCUCCUGCAUAGCCUCAGGCCUGCCAGUUCUGCUGGGGAAGGGCUACAAGAGAGAGAAAGUUGGGGCAUCGGGCCUCCUCCGCACACUCGCUCUACCACUCCACCACGUCCUUGCAAUGGCUCGUAUAAUUGCAGUUCGUCAACCAGCUCCGUCAGUCCUGCGUCGGAUUUGUCAGAUGAGGACUGGAGAGGGGUGACACUCAUUGGGAAAAGAUCAGGUGAUCGAGGAUCAACUUCAGACGGAUACAGUGACUCCUGCCCCCCGCCGAACAAAAGCUCAAAACGCAGCACCACACCUCCAUGGGAGCUGCCGACUUCCUAUGCCAAGUACACCCCUCCCAACGCGGUAGCGCCUCCUAGCAUGCGCUUUAAUGGAAACCCGUUCAUGCCACUGGGCGGUAUUCCGUUCUACGGUUACGGUGGUGCACAUGUCACUUCAUCACACUUGAUUGGUCACCCUUACUGGCGCAUCCUACCAAGUGGGCCAGUUUCCAUACAAGCCCCACCCCUCCUCAUGGACUUGGACAGUAUGCUGCAAUCUGUUCCACCCAAUAAGAGCGUGUUUGAUGCGCUUGGCCCCAACAAUCAGACUGCUCAUCCACCUCCAAACCAGUAUGCCCUUCCGAACAGGCCUUCCCUUUGCAAAUAUUCUCUUUAAACUAUGCACAAUAUAGUCCUAGAAGAAGAAGAUAAGAAGUCCUAUCUUUGGCACUGCUCAGGCUUCACAAAGAUUUGCAACCACUAAUGCUGCUCAUUACUGUAUACUCCAUCUGUGAAUUGUCUCAGGGAAUUCUUUGAGAAAAUUCGUCUGUGAACUGAACCGUUACAGGGCCAAUAUUGACCAAAGAAUCUACCCAACCAAUGUUGACACUGUUGUAACUUCUGUCCAUUCAUGUGACUUUUUCUUUGACACAAUUACUACCUCAGACUUUUAAUGUCAAUGGGGAGGCACAUUGGCUGCUCUUGUUUCCUGAAUGGACCCUUGUAAUGUUUGGGGACAAUCAAUGAAUUACUUGAUAAGACCAAUUGAAUGUUGCCUUUUUAUAGGCUUGAAGUAUGGUGUGUGUGGUUGUUUUCCCUCCCUACAAAAUCAACCAGAAAUGGUGUGCUGGACAUUUGUUAGGAUUAGGGAUGUGUGUGAGUGUACUUUUGAAACUGUAAGGAACCUGCAAAGUUUACAUAAAGACUGGCUUUUAUGCCAUGAAUGUGUCACUUUUUAUAUGUUGGUUUUAGCAGGGUAAACAGAUUUUUUGAAGUCUUUUUGUAUGGUUCUUCUGACAUGAUAAUGUGUGUUAACAACACGUUCAUUUCACCCCCACUCCACUUGGUAAAGUCCAAUCUCAGGCUCUGAUAACAAUGGUGGAGGCCUGACAGAUCUGAUGAGAUCCAGUCUUGUGUGUUUUUUUUCUGGUAUGCAUUCACUUUGAAGAACUGUAAUUAGAGCCAUUUUAUCAGUGCACUGUGUCUCAAAGCCUUAUCAUGACUCCUUGUGUCCCUGUGGAGUGUAGGUGCUGUAACUAUGGUUUUUAUAAUCUGGUCAUCAAAUGCCUUUUUAAAAUAAAUGUUUAUGUUGCCUUUUGAUCAUGCAUGUCUGCAUGAUACUGUCCAGAAGCUCAUAUUGAGUGAUUUGAUCAGUAAUUAAACGUAAGGGUCGUUUAACUGGUGGUUGUCCCUCCGUCUGGUGCACGUCAUGCCACCAUCACCUCCUGCUGUUUUUUUCUGUCCUGUCCUCCCUUAAAAUCACUCAUUCAUACCCCCAACACUUCCACCCUCUUACAGGUCCAUUCUUUGUAAUGGACCUUAGUUUCAAGUAUUUGGGAAUUCUCAGUUUCUAGGUGAUUUGUUCCACUGAGUUUGAGUCUUUUUUUCCCAUGUAUUAUUAUUGUGUCAUGGUAUAGAGCAGUCAGACUGUAUAGUAUUGAUGAAUAUGCUUUUGUUUAUUUUAGGUGUAAUCCUGUGAAAACAUGUCUAGGAGAGUUCUGCGUAGUUCAUCCUAAAAGUGUGUGUGUGUAUCCUCAGUUGACUUCAGAUUGCAGGGAAAGUGACACUAAG